CGGUGACAGAACAACAGGUAAGUUGACGUCGGUCACUUGGCUUCAGAUGGAAACCUCUGACAAGCUGCUGAUGCAUCACUAUCCAGCAUGGAAGACAGCAGGCAACAUCUUCAGCAUAUGGUCUCUCUCCUCUCUGUCUCCACUCCGCCUCCACCAGCGGUUAUUGGGGGAGCGAUCGAGGGAGCGAAAUGGGUGGAAAAUGUGAUACAGACGAUGUUGGAGGUUAUCUGGGUGCUGGAGGAGGGGCCGAUUCCGGAGCUAGACGAGUUUGUUGACUGGCGUCAGGUGGAAGCCCUGUCCAGCGAUUGUUACACGCUCCUUGAUGAGGGGCUCGAGCGAGGUGCUGACUGGGCCAAGCGCUCAGGAGGGGAGCUGCCAAUCACCACUGGCAUGGAAGGAGUGAUCCUGAACUCGUGCGCAUCCGGGAGUGACAACAACGACAACAACAACAAUAACAACACUGACGGUGUGGCUGCAGCUGCUGCGGCCGUGUUUGUUGCUGCGGCAGAGGUUCAGUUCCCGAUGGUCGAUGAUCCACGUGGUAGAUCUGUAUUUGCUGCUGCUGAUGUAGGUGCUCCUGCUGCUGUGGCAGCUGCAUCUUCAGAAUCAGUAGCUGCUGCUGGUGCAGCUGUGACAGUUGCUGGCUCUGCUGCUGCUGCUGGAGGUGGGGCUGAUGUUGCUGGUGAAGUUGUGGGUGCUUUUGAAUUGCAUCAGCUGUUGCUGUUGUGUCAGCUGGCCCCGUUCCCGCUGCGCAGGAAGUUGCAGCUACGGACACCGGUCGUGCUGCCACUGUUGUUUCAGUAGCAAGUAGGCCUACGCUGGCUCCUGGCCCACGUCCAGCUGUUCGGUGUGGUAGUCUUGGAACUCCACUUACAGUUCGGGGUGCGGGCCGCCACUCCGGUGUAUGUUCAGCUCUUUCCAUUUUCCCUCUGCUUUCCUUUGUUCCUCCUUAUAGCUGUCCAGUUGUUGCUGUACCUCCUGAUUAGCUCAUUCAAGCCAACUGCAGCUGAUCUAACGAGUAGGGUAGAGUAUGAUGGUGUGAACCCUCGUCCUCUUCUGAUCAUUUGUCAUCGCUGUCUUCUGCUUGUGUGCUUUGUGAGUGGCCCGCUUGGAGUUCAGGCCUUCCAUUGUGAUCUGGUGCUCCCCCCCCCCCAAAAAAAAAAGUGGGGCCAUUACCCUUCUUCGGCUGCAAAUGAAGCUCAAGAUAUGAU